AUGGUGGUACGAGAUCAGGAUGAGGCGUUGAGGAAUUCCUAUAAAUACGUUAAGCUGUAUGUUAGAGAAGAUCAACUGGAGGAUACGGUACUCGCUAAUCAGGACGAGGACAAGGUCACCAAUGAUGAUAGCCGCAGUCUGGUUUCGAUAUUGGACUCGAGCAGUUCCGUGAAGAAGAAGUGGAAAGGCAGCAAUGAGAAAUACUUGCCAUGCGUGUCUUUCAACACAGUGCCUAGGACGAAGGCAUCUUCGCCGUUGGACGAAGAGAAAAGAGAGUUUCCUGGUGUGCAGAUCCCUGGAGAUUAUACAAUGGAGGAAUAUUACGACGACGAAAGUGGUUAUACCUCGGACAACAAUUCUGACUAUUUCUCCGGUAAUAACUAUUCUAACAAGCGAGAAGGAAGUGUUAGCCCCGGAAGGUACUCUUCUCCACCGCCUGCCUCCAGAAGAAACAUCAAAAUAGGCAAGAUGUUCAAGAUUUCCGAAAAUGGUAAAAUUGUAAGGGAAGACUACCCUACCACGCCCACGGAUAUCAAUGAUGCUCUCGUGAUUAGUAGGGCGUAUGCCAAUUGGAGGCAGCUAUGGAUCAAAAAAAAAAACCAGAUAGAUCAUCGAUUAGAGCAAAAGCACGAGUUCUUCAAUUAUCCAACAAUACUCUUUCCUCCAAAAAAAAAAUCGUCUACGGGCGCUGCUGCCAUAAUAAAAUUCAAUCCUCCCAUAGAAGACGGGUUUACGCCUUUGACCAAGUCCCAAAAGAGGAAAGAGCGUGUUUUAAAUGAAAAAGUUGGCUUCCCGAAUACUCCUCGAACAAUCCUAUGCCACAUCAGCGGUAGGAGACAUACUUGGGUAGCACUAGACUGGGCCCUACGAACUUUGAUUCAGAAUACAGACCAUAUUGUUGUGUUGGCAAACCUGCCCCGCCUGACUAGAAAUAAUUUCGAAGACAGUGAUUCCAUGAGUGAGCGAAAAAGAAUGCUAAUGAUGAUGGACGACAACAGAAGCAUUGGCUCAGCUACGAGAUCGAGGUCCAGAUCGAGAUCGCGGUCCAUAUGUACAAGAAGGGCACUUUCUUUGGGGCCUGAGGAAUCUGACAACAAAUUGAAACAUCAAAGCUUUAUGGAAUGGACCUCUGGUUAUACACAGAUCGAAAUAGAACGUAAAUUGCAGGAUCUAUUUGACUACGUUACACUAGUAAUUCCACAAGAUCGUUCUGUCAAGGUUACUGUGGAAAUCUUAAUUGGCAAGACUAAAAAAACGCUUCUGGAGGCUAUAAACAUCUACCUGCCAGAUUUCUUCGUAUCUAGCACUUUAAGGUGGGAGAGGACAGACAACUUAGUACGUUGGAAAUCGAACCUUUUGACAGAUAAACUGUGUACCAAUUUUCCCAUUCCAACGUUCAUUGUACCGGCGAAGAGAAUGUUCGACUUAGAAAUGGAUUUGCAAAAGCAGUUUGAAGAUCCAAAGGCGAAACAAGAAAACAGAAGCAGUGUUAAGCCUAGUUUCAGCCAUUCCAAGUCAGCAGAUGCCAGCAUUCCAACUAUUUCAAACCUCAAACAGAAGCAAACUAACGAGAGUUCUAUAGAUUCGCUAUGCUAUACCCCAGAAAUUAAUGGUGCUGACGAUAAUGGCCGGGACGAUGCUUCUGGUGAUGAGCUUAACGCUUUCCAGGAUGAUGAAAAUGAUGUCAUGUCUGUGAAAUCCUUAACCUCUAACAUUUCGGUAAAGGAAAAGUUAUGUACCAUGGCAAGAAAUCGUAGGAAGAUUAUGGCUCAGCAGUUAAAUGAUGCCGAUCAUGAUUCAUCAAUACCGCCGGGACAGAGGCAUUUGAAGAAACUGGACAUUAUUUUGGAAUCUUCAUUAAAGUUUUCAUUAGAAAUCGAUAGCAUCACUGAUAGUACUGGAAAUGGAGAUGCAAACGAAAGUAGGACACACUCUAUGGAUUCGGGUUUUGAAGAACUGAAAAGGGUCAUCACAGGUGGUGCUCCUCCAAAGCAUGUGGCCACUCAGAAGAGAUCCAUGCUUGAUGUUUUGGACAAUCCAACUUCAUCUAGAUCAAAAUCCAAAUCAAGAUCAAGCUCUAAGUCAAGGACAAGAGACAAAUCAAAACCAAGUUCCCCCAUUGCUACCGAUAUAAAUUCAAGUGGAAGCACGUCUAGGUCACGUUCUCCACAGAUCAAGUUUGCAUCCAGUGUCAAGAAUGUAGAUGGUAAUGCCGCACUGGGAGCUAUUAAAUCUAGACUUUCGCUGGACAGUACAGAAGACCAGCAACGCCAUCAUCAUCAUCAUCGUCAUGACGCAGAUCUAUUGUCGGUUCCAGGCCUUCCCCAAUUGACACCUUCAAAGUCUUAUAGCGUGAGUUCUGGUAAUAAAGAUUCAUCUUUGAGGAAAGUCAGUAGCUCAUCCUCGCUCAGAAAAGUAAAAUCCAAUGAUUCGAACUCUGGUAAACGUACCAAAAAACCGGUCGUAACUUCAGCACACUUAAAACCAAAUUCAGGCGGCGGCGGUUUAUUCUCUUUUUUUAAGGGUAAUUCGAGAUCCCCGUCACCUUUGAGAAAGAAAGACGACAGUAAAAAUACACCUAAGCGUAGCGGAUUAUUUGGGUUCAGAAGGCUGUAG